CACACAACACAAGUGAAUAGAAGAAGCUUUCCCCUCUUUCUCUCCCCUUCCGCACCAUCAUUUAAGGAUAGGACCCCUUCCCCCAAGAUGAGCGUUCCAGGGAUUAAUAACCUUUCAACUUUGAUCAAACGGCUAGAAGCUGCAACUUCUCGUUUAGAGGAUAUUGCUGUUCAACAACAUGCUCAACCCCAACAACCCCCAGCUGGUGGUAUGGCUUCAACAGAUAGAGGUGCACCUGUUCCACCUUCUGCUCCUGCAGUAGAUUUGCCUGCAAGUGUUGAAGCAUGGGAUGAUGAAGUCAAGCCAAAGAUCGAUGCAUUUGCUGAAUUGAGUGCAAAAGUGGGAGGAAAUGUUGAAAUUCAAGCAAAACAUGUCGUGGCAGCCUUUGAAGGUGUUCGUCAUACCGUUCUAGUCGCAGGAAGCUCAAAGAAACCAAGCGGAUCACCUUCUCCUGUUUUCUUAAAACUUCUCGAACCUAUCCAAAAAGCAUUGGAAGAAACACAAAAUGCAAAGGAGAAGAAUCGGGCCGACAGAAAAUUAUUCAAUCACUUGUCCGCUAUUGCCGAAGGUAUUCCAGCCGUCGGAUGGGUUACCAUAGAGCCAAAACCAGGUCCAUACGUAGAAGAGAUGAAGAACGCUGGUCAAUUCUACUUCAAUCGGGUCAUCAAAGAAUUCAAAGAUACAGAUAAAGUUCACGUAGAAUGGGCUCGUUCAUUUACCGCGACAUUGGACGCUAUGAAAGCAUACGUAAUGCAACAUCACACCACUGGACUUCAAUGGAACCCUCGUGGCGGCGAUGCAUCAACGUUUUCUGCUCCAUCCAAUGCUGCAGCAACUGGCGAUGUUCCACCACCGCCACCACCCGCUCCCCCUGUUGCUCCGGCAGCCCCUCCCCCACCUCCAGCAGCAGCAGCGGCAAGUGGAGCAGCGGCAGCAGGUGGUAUGGAUGCGGUAUUCGGACAGAUUAAUCAAGGAGAAGGUAUUACUGGAGGUUUGAAAAAGGUUGAUCCUAGUCAAAUGACCCACAAGAACCCCGCUUUGCGUGGACAAGCUGCGCCAGUUUCGGCAGUAGGUGGUGCUGCUGGAAAGCCCGCACCUCCCAAACCAGGAUCGAAACCGGGCUCACUAAAAGCAAAGAAGCCACCAAAGACAGCUUUGGAAGGCAACAAAUGGGCAGUCGAAUAUCAUGAAGGGAAUCGGUCAAUCGUAUUGGAAGAAACAUCUAUAGGGCAGACUGUGAACGUAUUUGGAUGUAAGGAUUCGGUGAUUCAUGUUAAAGGCAAAGUAAAUGCUAUUCAGAUGGUAUCAUGCAGCAAGACAUCCAUUCUGCUAGACACACUUGUUUCUUCACUCGAAUUAACUCAAUCUCCCAGCUUCACAGUCCAAGUCACAGGUGCCGUGCCUACAAUCUUGAUUGAUUCGUGCGAUAGUGGACAGAUCUACUUGAGUCAAGCUUCGCUACAUACCGAGAUUGUUACCGCCAAAUGCAGUGCCAUCAACGUUAGCGUACCAAAAGAGGGUGAACCUGAAGGCGAAUAUGCCGAGAUUGCAUUGCCAGAGCAAUUGCGACAUCAAGUUGUACCUGGUGGAAAAGGCAUCAAGAGUGAGGUCGUUGAGCAUUCAGGUUAAUGUGUGCAUGGUAGACGUUUUUGUGCUUCAUAGUAUCAUCUCAUGAAAUGCCAUAUAUCUGAAAUGCAAGUGGUGAAAUUU